AUGUUCCCUAUCCCGCUCAGCUUCAUCUACAUGCACGUCGCCCCGCACGACCUCUCUGCCCUCAUCCGUGUUAGGCGCCGCUGCCGCACCGCCGCCCACAGCGUGCUCUACUUCUCUGCGUGCCCGGACCAUAUGGUCGACCAGUGCAUCACUGUGCUCGCGUCUGCGCGCGACAUUGCCGAGCUCGUGUACAACGGGCUGGGACUCGCACACACUCUAUGUUCAGCGUCAUCGAAUCUUCUUCUCAGCAUGUCCUCCGCGUGGGUCACGCUUCUUGUUCCCAGCUCGCUCUCGUUCAUCAGUCUAUCAGACGCCGCAAGAUCAAAGCCCAUCGCUUGCGUCGUGCUCCAGAGCAUCAACACAUAUACUCUGUCCACAUUCUUCCAGCCUGUCUUCAGCAGGGCUCAAUACGGCGUCGCCAGCCUCACAUGCGACGACGCAAAUGCGACGGGAUGCUUCUGA